AUGGACUUCUCCGAGCUGGGAAAGCCAAGCACUGAGGGGAUUUCUCAUGGCGCUGCCCCUGGCGGAUGCACCCGGGCCGCGGAAGUGAGCUUCAUGGAUGUGCCCGUGUACUUCUCCCCUGAGGAGUCGGCGUGUCUGCGGCCGGGGCAGAGGGCGCUGUACUGGCACGUAAUGCGGGACACCCACGGCCUCCUGGGCGCGCUCCGAUUUUCAGGCGCCAAACCUACUUUUAUCUCUUGGAUGGAAGGAGAGGUGGAGGCAUGAAGUCCAGAAGCCCAGGAUCCAGAGGGUGAGAGCCCAGCAGCUGUGAGCAGAGGCAAACUAAAGGUAGCAGGAUCCAGGGAUGGGAAUGAGGCGAAAGAAGGGCUGGCCAAGAGUCCAAAACAAAAAGAAAUGGAAAAUGAAGUGUCUUUCAAGGAGUGGUUGCCAGCCAGCAUGUCACCUGUCUAUUCCCUCCAAAGGCAGAGCCCCAUCAAGCCUUGGCCCAAGAACACGCCAACAUGCAGACCACCCUACUCUUGUUCAGACUGUGGCUGAAACUUCAGCUACCCUUCCCUGCUGGCAGGUCAGCGGGUCCACACUGGGGAGAGGCCUUUCCCCUGUGACCAAUGCCAGGCCCCUUUCUUCCGCAAGUACCUGCUCCAGCAUCAGUUCAUCUACACGGGUGGAAAGUCCUAUCCAUGCCUUGACCGUGGGCACUGCUUCCGCCAAAGGGGUUCCCUGACCAUCCACAGACGGGCCCACACAGGGGAGAAGCCCCACCCCUGCCCAGACUGCAAGAGUCGCUUCACUUACCCCUACCUGCUGGCCAUCCACCAGUGCAAGCACACAGGCAAAAAGCCCUAUGGAUGCCCCGACAGUGGCCUCGGGUUUGCCUACACCUCCUUGCUGGCCAUCCAUCGGCGCACGCACACGCACACGCGAGAGAAACCCUACCCGUGCCCUGACUGUGGCCCCUGCUUCACCUACUCUUCCCUGCUCCUCUGUCACAGGCACAUUCACUCUGACAGCCAGCCAUUCCCCUGCCCUGAGGCUGGCAAAAGCUUCAAGCGCAAGUACACCCUGGAAGCACACCAGUGAGUCCAUCGCCUUGGUGGCAAAAGGCUGACAUGGCAGCAGGCUGCAGCAGGGUGUUCUGAGCAUGGCUCUGCCUUUGGAGGCCAGGAUUCCCCAAUCCAUUUCCGGUAUUUUCCAGAUAUAUUUCAAGAGUGUGGGUGA